ACAGUAGCAUUUUAAUUAAUUAAAAGCGUCUGCAGAAAUUAGAUUACAGAAGUUCAAGAAUUAGGAAAUGAAAUUGUUGUUGAAUGAAUAUAACAAUAUUUUUAAACAAUGUCACAUGUCCUGAAGCAUUGGAGAGAAGCUGCGACUCUGCUGCUAGUUGCUAAAGCCAGGGUGCCAGUUGUCACGUCGUUUCAGACCGCGAACUUUGAGGUGCUAAUGCUGAAGAGAAGUGGCAAGUCAAAAUUUAUGCCAAAAUUGCACGUUUUUCCAGGGGGUGUUGCUCAUGACUCUGAUUUUUCACCUGAAUGGUUGGAACUGUUUAGCCAAGCUGGAAAUGAAUGUGUGAAAAAUAUGCAAAGCUUCCUUGAACGUGGUGGGAAAGGGGCUUAUAUGUUCAGUCGAACUAGACCAGAAGAAUUUUCCAAAAUACACAGUGAACUAGCUUUCAGAAUUUGUGCGAUUAGAGAGACGUUUGAAGAGUCUGGUAUUUUAAUUGCUAGAGAUCUAAAUAAUGUUAGAAAUCAACAAAUCACUGGAAUAGAUCAUCCUAUUUCUGGAAAGUCGUCAGUACUGUCUGACACAAUUUUGAAACCAUGGAGAGAAAGGGUAGACAAUGAUGCAUCACAAUUUAUUGCUAUGUGUAAAGAGCUUAAUCUUUUACCAGACAUAUGGUCACUGUAUGAAUGGUCAAAUUGGCUCACACCAAUUCUCCCUGGACAACAUGGACAGACAACUGCAAGGAGAUAUGACACAGCGUUUUACUUGUGUGUCCUUGACUACACACCUAAUGCUGAACAUUGUGCCAAAGAAACCACAGAGCUCGAAUGGACCUCUGCUAGUGGAUUUCUACUCAAGCAUGUAGAUGAAAAGAACCCUCUUCAGCUGGCACCUCCACAAAUAGUAGAGCUUGGUAGAAUCCUUCAUUUUUCUGAUGCAGAAAAGCUGAAACAGUUUUCGUGGGAAAGAUCAGCAUGCAGGGUGCAAUGCUUUUACCCUGUAACUUGUUAUUGUGAUGAUGGGUUUCUUUUCAUAUAUCCAGGUGAUGAUCUAUACCCAGAGACACCAGACUAUACAGGUGAACAACCCCCGAUGAAAGUGGAGGGAACUGUUUUGAGUCUUCGUAACAAGUAUCCAAAUAUGAAUAGAUCAGAAAUGACACCUGGUCCUAAAGGAAUGGAAAGAACAUUUACUUGUAACAUAAAAAUGGCUGAUGGUCAAGUUAGUCCUUUGUUUAUAGACAAAACAAUGGAAUAUGUACCAGCUUCGAAUUUGUGAAUAAAUAAGACAUUACUUUUCUAUAGGCCAUGUUAACCAGGUAUUAAAUUAUUGUGAUCACUCUCUGUCCAGGGGACUUAUAUAAACAUCUUUUCAAAAAUCAAUACACUGUAUGAUUAUCGAGGUUGUUCAAAUAAUUCCAUUCGAUGCAAAACUCUGGAUGCCUGUGUGGCUCAAAGAGUUCUUUUUAUGUGAAAAGCACAAAGCUAACAAAUUUAAUAUUUGACUUGUAGCAUCGCCUAUUGGUACUUCAUAAAAGUUGUUCAAAAUAUGCCCAUGCCAGAGGGGUAACAUAAUUACAUAGAAAUAUAAUGUUCCAGUAAUUUUUUUUCAAUUUUCAAAACAACCUGUGGCUUUUUGAAGGGGAAAAUAUAGUGCAAUAAAUCAGAAAAGUGGAAAAUCAAAUUCUACCAACUGAGAAUUUCAAUUCGAUUUAACAUGCAUGGUAUAUAGCAGAGUCUAUCUAUAGGGACAGCUGUCUGUCUUUUAGCUGAUAUAAGUCAGCUGCUGUUAAGUGAAGAAUGUACACAGGGAAAUUUAAGGGUAAAUAUUAGCAUUUUUAGUGGAAAUAUAUACCUAUUUCGGUGGUAAAAACACAGGGGAAAGUCACUGUGUUCCGAUAUAUUUCAGAAGGAAGAAACUAUUUAUGUCUUAAGUAUUAACAGAUUUAACACUCAGGGUGAAUUGAUCAAAAACUCAUUGACUGGUGUAAUGGAAUAUUUAUUUGUUUAUUUUAAACGUAGGUACAUGGUAUGCAAGCGAAAAGUGUCUCAUAAGUCAGGAAUGGCUAGCCCUUUCAGUAGGGGUGACACUAUUUUCAGAGGCACUUAUAACCCAACACUUGCAUUUGUCUGUAUAUUAAGUAGGUUAUUUGUGAAUGGACUUUGUUCAAAAUUCAACAUAUCAUACUCACUACCUAGAAUUAUACUAUUAUAUUAUAUUAUUAUUACAAUUCAUCGAUAAGAAAAUAGAAAAAAUUGCAAAACAAAUAGGCUACUGUAAAAUGAAAAAAUCACAGAAUGACUGUAAAAAUCAUAACAAAAUUAACAGUCUCUGAAUCCCACUAAAUAUGUAUGUAUAUAACCAGUUCUAACACUUUGUAUGUCCUCCCAAUUGGCUAUACAACCUGAACACCUCUGCCUCACAGUUCACUAUUCCUAAACAAGGGCUUACUCGAGUUCCAGCAAAUUGUGAGUGGCUUCUGUUUGCUUUCUCACAUGCCUGUUCAAUUCAGCGGACAAGUGUGAUGUUUAGAUCUGGUGACUUGGGAUGCAGGAACUGCUGGAACUCGAGGAAGCCCUUAUUCAUGAAUGGAGAAAUGUUCCCAAACCUACAUGAGAAACUACGUCAUAACCAUGAGACAAUACACUUUGUUAUAGCCAUGGGAGGACACACAAGGUAUAAGAAUAGGUUAACAUACAGAUUGAGCGGGAUUCAGGGACUUUUCAUUUUAAUUGUUACCAUAUUUACAGCCAUUUUGUGAUUUGUCAUUUUGAAGUAGCAUAUUUGUUUUGUUUAUUUUCUCUAUUUUCUUGUCAAUGAAUUGUCAAUAUAAUUCUAAGAAAUAAGUAUGAUAUGUUGAAUUUUGUAUGUUCUAGAGUUGAACGAAAUACGUUCACAAAUAACCAAUUUAUAUUUCUUAUAUGAGAUUAUUUAUUGACAAUCUUAUGAAUCUUUUUUUGUGUGUAUGUGUUUCAAAACAGACCUCAUGUGUGGUAAAGUAAAGUAAAGGUAAAUAAACAGAAAAGUAAAAAUUAUCUCUUUUCUCUCCAAAAUUUAUCAGAGAAAAUUUGGGUUGUCAU